AAACACAAGAAAAUUCCAUUUAUCGAACUCUUCACUGAAACAAUUCAUCCAACACAUUGCUGACAAGCAUAGAAAUUCCAUGAAUAGAAGUAGCAGAAACGUUCACUCCUCUGUAAUUGUGACCGCAUAGCGUAACGUGAACAAGUGUACCGUACGUCUUCACCAUGGAUUAAAGAAGGUAGCGACAAAAAUGAGAAUGUGAGACCCUACGAAGAAAUGCCACAUCUGCAUUCAAUUGUACCAGAAGCAAUAAUGAAGUGUUUCACUCUGUCUCUGUGUUUACUCUCUUUCUGGAUUCUCCUUGUUCUUUGUUUUCAGAGUGUGUCAUCUCAAAAUUUAUACCAGAGUGCCCUACAGCAAGCUAGCGUCCCACCAAGAGGGUGGAAUUCUUAUGAUUCCUUUUGCUGGACAAUUUCUGAAGCAGAAUUCUUGCAGAGUGCUGCAAUAGUUUCUCAACGUCUCCGUCCUCAUGGAUAUGAGUUUGUUGUGGUGGAUUACCUCUGGUAUAGGAAGAAAGUCCCGGGUGCUAGCGUUGAUUCUCUUGGAUUCGACGUGAUUGAUAAAUGGGGAAGGAUGCUUCCUGACCCAGGAAGGUGGCCUUCUUCCGUAGGUGGGAAGGGGUUCCGUGAAGUAGCUAAUAAAGUGCACAGUUUGGGUUUGAAGUUCGGGAUUCAUGUUAUGAGAGGUAUAAGCACACAAGCCGUCAAUGCAAACACCCCUAUCCUAGAUACAACAAAGGGAGGUGCUUAUCAAGAAGACGGGCGAGUAUGGUAUGCAAAAGACAUAGCAAUGCCAGAGAGGGCUUGUGUGUGGAUGCAUAAUGGUUUCAUGAGUGUAAAUACAAAGUUGGGAGCAGGGAGAGCUUUUUUGAGGUCCCUUUAUGAGCAGUAUAAUGCUUGGGGUGUUGAUUUUGUGAAACAUGACUGUGUGUUUGGAGCCGAUUUGGAUUUAAGUGAAAUAACGUAUGUAUCAGAGCUUCUCAGGGAGUUUAAUCGCCCCGUAGUGUAUUCUCUGUCUCCUGGGAGCAAUGUCCAUCCAGCCAUAGCCAAGAAGGUCAUUGGACUAGUAAACAUGUAUCGUAUAACAGGAGAUGACUGGGAUCAAUGGAAGGAUGUCAAGACUCAUUUUGAUGUAACAAGCGAGUUUUCUGCGGCUAAUAUGAUUGGCGGAGGAAAAGGUUUGAAGGGUAGUUCCUGGCCUGAUUUGGACAUGCUACCAUUUGGAUGGCUAACUGAUCCAGGUUCAAAUGACGGUCCACACAGGUUUAGUAAUCUCAAUCUAGAAGAAAAAAGGACACAGAUGACUUUGUGGGCUUUGGCAAAGUCUCCACUUAUGUUUGGAGGGGAUGUGCGGAAGAUUGAUCCCCCGACAUACGAAAUUAUCACGAAUCCUACCCUGCUUGAGAUUAAUUAUUUCAGCUCAAAUAAUAUGGAGUUUCCUUAUGUCACAAGUCCAAAGAAUUUGAAGCAUGGACAUCAGCAUCCUGAAGAAAAAGAGAGAAGAUCUAAGAAAGGAAUGAAAACAUAUACACAUUCAUUAGGCCUCACUGGCUGCAGUGAAUCAACGGCAAGUGGUUGGUCUAGCGAAAGUCUUAACCAAAAUCUUAAAAGAAUCUGUUGGAAAAGGAGUUUAGAAAACAAGCCGCAGUCCCUUUUCUGUGUACACAAGAAGGAACUUCAGUUCAGAUUAGAUGGAGAGAGUACGCAUCAAGAGAACUAUCGAGGGAAACAUCAAUUAGUUGCAACCGACCGAAUGAGAUUUUGCUUGGAUGGUUCUCCGAAACGAAAGGUUACUUCUAAAGAGUUCAAGAGAGGUACUUUUUCUCCUUGCAGAUGGGAUUCAAAUCAGAUCUGGGAGCUAAACCCCAAUGGUACCCUGGUAAAUAGUUACUCUGGUCUCUGUGCAACAGUAGAGGAUGUCAAAGCUGAUACUAAACCGGGUGGGGUUCGCUCAUGGGUUGCAACUGGAAGAAAAGGAGAAAUCUAUUUGGCUUUCUUCAAUCUGAGUGAACAGAAAACGGUGAUACAUGCACAGACAUCAUAUCUGGCCAAGGCUAUUCCUGGCAGACGCUUUAGGUCUUGUCGGGGAAAGGAAGUGUGGAGUGGCAAGGACGUUGUAACCCCGCAGGGGAAUUUAGCAAUGAACGUGGAAACUCAUGGAUGUGCACUAUUUGUUCUGCAUUGCAAUUAGUCCAGCUUCAGCAUCUCAUUGCUGAGCCUUCAAUUUUUUUUAUAAUUGAUCAUGCUUCACUUUUGAGGAUGGGUAAAAUUUGAGUGUUUUAAGGAGGAUAGGUAAUAGUAGUCGUGUUAGUAAGCCUCUUGUGUUUUUCCCUAGUAUAUGUGAUGAUUAUUUUGAAUGAACGCAUUUUAUGAAAUAAAAUGAUGGCAGAAUGGGCAUGUACCUUACAUAUGAUA